AUGUGGUUACCUGUUGUGGUGCCGUAUUCCUUUGAGCCUCAUUUAAACAUAUACGACAAUCGUUUAGCCACAGCGGUGUAUCCGAAGUUUCCUGGUAAACGUACAGUGAACGAAACAGUUGUUUCGGUGAAUUUCUUGCACGCUUGUCAAGGCUUUUAUAACGACCCACCGGCAUACGCUGAGGAUGGAAGGAAAUUUAUGUUGAUGAGGUUAUUGUUUGAUCUUAUCCGGGUCAAUCACUGUCUGGAAAUCACUGAUCCAAAGUUGCUUGGAUGGUACCUCUCCUUACCAGUGGAGGACAGGACAUUAGUACAACAUGAGGGAGGAUUUAUGCAGUUUAUACAAAGACACCCUGCACUUGAAGUAGUCAGAAAGUUUGUUUAUUUGAAAAAACAAUUCAGAGGAAACUACACUGCCUAUCCAACUUCCAUGUCAUCAAACCACAACAAAACCAAGUAUCACGUUGAGCCAUCCCAGUGUCAAACCUGUGGAUACAGUUUUAUGUUUGGGACUAAGAAGUGUCAUCGCUGUGGCAUACAUGUUCUGAUUUCAGAUGACAAAGUCUAUAAAUCAGAAAAUGAUGAAGAGCUUGAGCUCCUACCACAAAAUGUGAGAGAAGAGCUGAAUGUGGUAACUUCUAAAAAUGAGUUCACCCCCCAAAAUUGUGAAAGCCCUGGUGAAGAAAAUCUUAGUGCACAAGCCCAGUGCUUGUCUCAGCUGUGGGAAGAGGUAGAGCAAAUGAAGAACAUCAAACACUUUAAGGACCCAACAGCCCAAGCAAACUCGUCUCUCGAUAUGGAGCUGGAUAAGCAGAGUCAGGCUCACCGAAUCAACCGUAUUCAAAAUGACCAAGCUCAAUCGUAUGAUGAGGAGUCAGAAGGUGCGUCAAACUACUGCGAUAUGAGUCAGGAAAACCAGUCCGACUACUACAGUUUCAGUAACACCAGCCUAAACCACACUGAAUGGAGUGAUGGCAACCAAAAUACAGAGGCAAGCAUCAAUGACUCCAUCAUGGCCACAAAAGGCAGUACAGAAUCUUUAGGUGAAACCUCAGAAACCACCAUAACCAGUCCAGAGGACUCCGGUGAUUGUUCCUCAUGUCUCAGCAAUUCCUUUGAACUGGCUUACGAUUCAGAAAACCAUCUUGAGGACCUAAGAGAAAGGGAACUUGUGCAGCAGAUGGAGAAGAAACUUCAAGUAGGGUCUUCACUCAAAUCCGCAUCAAGUGUACAAUGUGGCACUACUUGCGCCUCAAUCUUUGUGAACCAAAUAGUAGAUGCCUCCAGUGAUUUCCGAGCCUGUUUCACAUCUACGCGUGCAACAGAGGUUUGUCAGACCUUGGAGACAAAAGCCAGUCGAAGUGUAGCCACUGAUACAGACUCACUACCUGUCAGCAAUAAGAAAAAUACACAGACCAUGCAAACGCCCACAUCAGACAAGAGUACCAUUACUGAGGUCUACAUGGCUGACUUGAAUGUUAUCACAGAGGAAUUCAUAAAGCUGAAGCACAUGGAGAAGGAACUGAAACUGCUGAAAGAUAGAAAGUCAAGGCCCAGUCCUGGUGGUGAUCGCUGCGGGGAUGUUGGUGGGUGUGAUUGUGCCCAGCGGGUGAGACGGGCAGAGCUGCGUCUUCUUGGUCUUCAAUUUGUCAUGUGUCAACAGCACUGCUGGAGACGCUACUUCACCUCCCCACUGGGUGAAAGUGCUUAUCAGGGGACUGAGGCUCUGCCUGACAGCCUAGCAGAAACUCUGGAUGCACUAAAGAAAGAUUACCAUGAGAUGAAGAGACAGAUUCUGGCAGGCACUCCUUUGGAUGACCUCAAGCCUCUGUCUGUAGACUCCCAAAAGAUUUUGACUAUGGGGACAUACUUCAGCCCAUCAUCGGUGCUUGAUGCCCAUUUAGGCUCAUUUGACUGCCUGGGAAGUACCAGUACAAAUUCCCAUACAUUGGAGGAAAACACUGAAGGGAUGGGAGGGCCUCUGUGUCAAAACACUGAAGACAUUCUGGAUGAACCAAUAGGUAAUGGCAGCAACAGAGCCAGAAUGGAAGGCCUUUUUAACAAGCAGCCAGGGAUGUCUAGUGCCAUUAAGGAUCUUAAUGGAAGCGAAGCAUGGUUUGAUGCUGAGGAGGAACUUGGGUCUUCAAAUCAGAAUGGAAAUAUGGAAAAACCGAAAGAGGAGAGAGAAAGUAUGAACCACAAAAUGGAGCAAAAAGAGACUGAAGAGAAUACCUUCAACCAAAGCUCCCGUGUGUGUGUUACAUGCUUGCCAAAUUAUGUCAGUAAGCAGGAGAUAAUGAUUUGGUUUGAGAAGUACAAUGCAACAGAUGUCCGCAUUGCCAAUUUCAACAAAAUGAGGGGUGCUAUUGUUUACUUCAAGAGUCCAGAGGAUGCCAAAGCAGCUGUUAAAAAUCUAAAUGGGUGCACCUUUCAGGGUCAGUCACCUAUCUAUCUGCAGCAACUCUUUGGACCCACCUCAACUCAUCCUAAGCUAAGUGAUCAGCCUCAGAGCACUGCAAAAAUCAGUAAAGCAGAAGUGGGUAGGCCUAAAACAAACGGCGUACGUUACAAUUUAUCACCUAGGGGACUACGCUGUAGUGUUGACAGGUUGACUAAGGUAUGCGACUCACCUACAGCUUCCGGCACCUUUGUGCCACAGCGCUGUGUUGGCAAGGGCAGCUUUAAUACAAUCAUGACCCGGUUGUCAGAGCGCCACCCAGAUAUAGACCGUCAGAAGAUCGUAGAUGCCCUGCUGGAACUACGGGAGAUGAAUCAGGGCAUGCUUAGUGGCUAUAGUUUGAGCGCUAUAGUGGAUAUGACCUCUAAGCGUCUCACACAGGGCUUUUCCUCCAAAUGUGUUUAAGUUUGUGAUGCUUUGAGUGGCAGUUAAGACUUAGUGUUUAGUUUUAUGACCAGUUAACUGGUAUACAGUUAUCAGUUCCAUUUUAGGCCUUUUUGUCACUUUCUUUUAAUGUCAUACACAGCUGUAUGGUUAUUCAUUGUUAAUUGCACUUAUUUACCCGAGUGAACUACGAUCUUGUUUUGAAGAUCGGAAAUGUUUUGACACUUUGUUUUAAUACUGAUACUGUUCUUGAUUCUGUAUAGUAAUGUUAAAAACCUAAACAC